AUGUCCUUCGUCAUUGAUGACGCCGCUUCCAUCCCCUCCAUCCAUACCUUCAAGUUCCAGUGCGUUCCUGCCAACUUUAUACUCUCCUAUCUCUAUGAAAGCACCACCAAACCAUGGUCGGAUAACAACAUCCUCUUCUCUCCCUUACCCGACACCGUCCCUGAAGAGGUCAGUACCUUCUCUAAGAAACAUUACUAUGAUACCCCAUGCGAAGGGAUGCUCUUCAACACGUCACUUGCCAUUGAAGAACUUUUCAUUGAUCUUCUUGCCAAACAAGGUGACUUUGUUGGUAAGAAGAUUUUUGCAGUAGGACCUGUGAGUCCACUUACUACUGUAACUGAUUAUAAAUCUGGACCUCGUCAUCCAUGUCUUGAAUGGUUGGACAAGCAACCCCCCAAGUCAGUUGUGUAUGUAGCCUUUGGAAGCUCAACAACAAUUCCAAUUGAGCAGAUAGAGCAGAUAGCAUUAGGAUUGGAGAAAAGCAAGCAGAAGUUUAUAUGGGUUGUAAGGGAUGCUGAUAGAGGGGAUGUAAGUAAGGAAGUGGAGCUUGAGAUGACGAAGAGCUUGCUGUUGGACUUUGAGAAGAGAGUUGAAGGGAUGGGAAUGGUGGUGAGAGGAUGGGCACCACAACUGCAUAUAUUAGCCCAUGGUUCAACAGCUGCUUUCAUGAGUCACUGUGGAUGGAACUCAUGCAUGGAAGGGAUGAGCAUGGGAGUUGUCAUGCUGACGUGGCCCAUUCAUUCGGACCAACCAAAGAAUGCACUGCUGAUAACUGAGUAUUUGAAAGUGGGAGUGAUGGUGAGGGAAUGGGAGAAAAGAGAUGAGGUUUUGAAGUGGGAGAAGGUGGAUGAGGCCAUCAGGAAGGUGAUGGUGGAUGAGGAGGGUUUGGAGAUAAGGAGAAGGGCAAAGGAGUUGGGAGAGAAAAUAAGGAAUGGUAUUAAAGAAGGAGGGUCAUCUUAUGAACAACUUUUGGCUUUUAUUAAUUAUAUUAGUAGUUUUAAGUAG